GAAAUUAGAGAAAAUUCAUAGUUUGGUGAAAUAUUGUGUUUCAAAAUUUCUAUUCUAAAAUCAAAAUUUAAUUUCUGCGCAGCUCAAAAACCUACAUUUGCCUGGUAUCCAUUUUCUGCUCUUGCUUAUAAUUUUAAUUAAUCUCAUUGGUAAAAUACGAGCUUAGUAAACAAAUUUGAAUUUUAGCCGUCUAAUUUUUUUUUUAAGUCAUUGGCUCGGCAGUUAACGAAGGGGCUGCGUUUAACUUUAAUUUUUUUUCUUAACAUGGCAGCUCAAAUGGAAAUGGAUGAACAAACUAUGAGGGAAUUUCAGAGUUUAAGAGAGUGCGAGGCUUAUGUUCAAAAACAUAAUAUUCAGGGAGUUUUAAAAAACUGCAUUGUACAGUUAUGUGUUGUUCGGCCAGAAAACCCCAUUUCCUUCCUCAGGGAAUAUUUUCAGAAAUUGGAGAGGGAGCAGGCGAUGGAGGAGGCAAAGCAAGCUGUGACAUCUCCUGAAGACACGGAAGACUUGAGCCCAGCUCCUCAUGCCCAGGCAGCCCGAAGGCGAGGAGGAAUAUCUGCAGAACCAGUCACUGAAGAGGAUGCUACCAGCUAUGUCAAGAAGGUGGUUCCUAAAGACUAUAAGACAAUGGCUGCACUGUCCAAAGCAAUUGCGAAGAAUGUUCUUUUCAGCCAUCUGGAUGAGAAUGAGAGAUCAGAUAUAUUUGAUGCCAUGUUUCCCGUCAAUUUCUUACCUGGGGAGACCAUCAUUCAGCAAGGUGAUGAAGGAGACAACUUCUACGUUAUUGACCUGGGUGAAGUAGAAGUGUAUGUAAACAGCGAGCUGGUGACGACAAUAGGGGAGGGAUCGAGCUUUGGAGAGCUAGCUCUCAUCUACGGUACCCCACGAGCAGCCACUGUUAAAGCGAAGACAGCGGUAAAACUUUGGGGUAUCGAUAGGGACUCAUAUCGCAGGAUACUAAUGGGUUCAACCAUCCGCAAGAGGAAGAUGUACGAGGGCUUCCUUUCCAGGGUCUCCAUACUAGAAAGCCUUGACAAAUGGGAGCGACUGACCGUAGCAGAUGCACUUGAACCAGUCUCAUUCUCUGAUGGUGAAACCAUCGUGAGGCAAGGUGAGCCUGGUGACGACUUCUACAUCAUUGUCGAAGGGACCGCGUUGGUUCUGCAAUGCAGGGGAGAAGGGGAUACUGCCAUUGAAGUGGGCAAGCUGGGACCCUCAGACUAUUUUGGUGAAAUUGCAUUGUUAUUGGAUAGACCUCGUGCAGCGACAGUUUGUGCAAAGGGACCUCUGAAAUGUGUCAAACUGGAUAGAGCAAGAUUUGAAAGAGUGCUCGGACCGUGUGCAGAUAUCUUGAAAAGAAACAUAACCCAGUACAACAGUUUUGUUUCCUUAUCAGUCUAGCUUCAUAUGCUAAUGAUAAGGGAAGUAAACCAUGGACGUUUCUUGAAGCCUUGGUCUUCUAUUCAGAAUGUUGCAUAAAUAUAAACUACAAGAAAAAUAAAUUCCUCCAUUUAACUAUUGUCAGUGUUAUUGCCUUAACCUAAAAGGUUGGAAUGGUCCCCAACCAUUUAUUCAGUAAACUGAAUAUCUAUAUCUUUAACUUGUUUUAACCCUUAUGUACUUGUUAUCCCUUCUACAUUUAGGAGGAAAUUGGUUGUUUCAAUUUUAGUGUUUUAAAUAGAUUUUUUUUUAUGUGUAUCUAUAUAAAAUUAUUUAAGUAUUAUUUAUCUUUAUUUGAAUGAAAUGGCGCAAUAUAGUCAAAAUAUUAUGUUUUAAAAAUAUAAUAUAACUCUAAUUAAUGUUUAUUA